AUGUUUGUCACUUUUAUUAUUAUCAGUCUGCUUAUAAAGGAGUCAUUGCUACUUCGAAUAGUAAGGGUAGCAGUUCCUUCGUACAAAGUAAGAGGCCAGCCUGCUCAAUUAGACUGCGAUUAUGAAUUAGGAGGUGACAUAUUAUAUUCGGUCAAGUGGUACAGAGAUAACGAAGAGUUUUAUCGCUACAUGCCCAAAUACGAUCCACCUAAACACGCAUAUAAGUUAGAUGGUAUAAAAGUUGACCUAUCUAAAUCUGACGACCGAAAAGUGCUACUGCACCCUGUGACACUUAAAUCUACUGGGCAGUUCAGAUGCGAGGUAUCAGCAGAAGCCCCUAGUUUUGCUUCUGCAGCUGGUGAAGGCAGAAUGGAAGUUAUAUAUUUGCCACGCGAGGGUCCAAGGAUAACUGGCAACCAACAGGAGAAUAGACGAGGCGAUUCUAUGUUUUUGAAUUGCACAUCGGGUCGGUCUUACCCGGCGGCAGUUCUAAGCUGGGACAUAGACGGCGAAAAGGUAACUGAUCCAGCGCUUCUAGUUGAGUAUCCACCAAUUCAACAUCAGCAUGGCUUAGUGUCAACGGCUUUGGGUCUGCACGUGCCUACAGGGAGAACUAUGCAAGUGAGAUGUACUGCAAGAGUUGCGCCUUCUUGGAGAGAGGGCAGCGAAGCAGUAGUGGGCAACAGUCAACUUGCUGACAGCAAGGAAGCUAUGCUACUUGUGAAAAGUUCAUGCGGAGUGUCUACGUUAAAUAUAAUGUUGUUAACACUUUCCUUCGCCCUACUUCUAAGUUCCUUGAUUCAAUUAGAAACGUGA